GUUGAACUUAUUACAGGAAGAAAAUAUUAAACUACGCAAGGAACUUACAGAUACAAAUGAAAUCAUUUGGAAGAAUAAUGAAUUAAUAAGAGACUUGAAAGAUAAACAGGAGAAUGAUGAACAUAAUUUCGCAUCUAAAGUUCUUUGUUACGAUACACAGUUGGCAGAAAGACAAAAUAUAAUUAAUAAUUUAGAAAAUACAAACUUAUCCAUAAACGAAAAAUUAAAAGAUGCAGAAAAGAAAAUUUUAUCACUGAAUAAGACAAUCAUAGAAUUAAAUAAACAUAAUAACGAAAUGAAGAUGUUAGACAUUCUCCACGAUAAUGUUUCGAUAGUCGAAAAUAAUAUAACAAAAUUAGAAACCAAAUCUUCGAAAUAUAAAUUAGAACUAUUAAACUAUGAAAAUAUUAAUAAAGAAAAUGAACUGAGAUUAGCUGCUUUUGCAAAAGAAAAUCAAGUUAUACAAAAACAUAUUGAAAUUUUAAAAAAAAAAUUAUCAGUAAAUUUGACACAAGAAAUUAUUAUUGAUGACGAACUGAAACGCAAAUUACACAAUCUACCAAAUGAAUUAUACAACAAAAUUAUGAAUCUUAAAAAAAAAGUAAAUAUAUAUGAUGAUGCACAUACACACAUAAAAUCUGAUUUAGAACAAAAUGUGGACAAAGAUUUUAAAGAAAGAGAAAAUACAAUAGAGGAUCUUUAUAAAAUACAGAAUUUAAUUCAUGAAGUUGAAAAAAAAGACUUUGAAAUAGAAAAUUUUAAGAACCGUGUAAACGAUUUAUCUCAAGAAAAUAAUGAUCUUUAUAAAAAACUUAAGUUUCAUAAAGAAGAUUAUGAAGAUAAAUUAACAAUAUUAAAAAAGAAAUACGAUAGCAGUAUAAGUGCACUUCAUAAGAAACAUAAAGAAAAUAUAGAACAUUUAAAAAUGAAUUUUGAAGAAAUUAAUGGCGAAAAAAUUAUUUUUGAUUCUGAGAGUUGGUUACAAGUAUAAUU